AUGUCUGCUGGGGAGCAACGCAUCUUCUUUAUUGCAAUGACCUGUACCACCGAAGGCUUAGCUGGAAUCAAGGUCAACUAUGAGCUGCUUGCUGAGAAAGCUGGCUUGAAAAAUGCUAGCUCUGCUUCAGUCCUCUAUGGAAAAGCCAGGCGCAAGCUGAUGAUGGCCACCCAACAAGGAGGAUCCAGUUCGACUCCGAACGACAGUGAAAUGGGUCCCACGACUCCAGCAAAGGCAAACAAAGUUACCAAACGUACACCGAAAUCGUCUGUUCGCGGGAAAGACAAGACCACUAAAGCCGCACUCGCUGCGGCCACCCUUGAAGCGGAUCCAUCUCCAACCAAAUCCAGCAAAAUCAAAGCGAAAGCCGAACACGAUGUGGACGUGACUGGCAUGAUGGGCGGUGACAUUGGGGUUAAACAUGAAAACAGCAAUGGUGCACUGGCGCCCAUUAAGUCUGAAUUUGCCAAUGAUCUCGCUACUGAGAUGAUUGAAGGCACGUCAUAUCCCCGCUCUGAGCUCGAAUGGUCCUUUUUUGAGCAAUCACUGUGGCAUGUCGAGACUUACAAAAGUGAAAGUGAAGAUGGGCCGGACUGA